AUGACAAGGCAGUUGACAUCAAGGGACAAGCAGGAAAACCUGGAGCUAAAGGGAUCAGAACUUCAACAAACAAAGCUGGUCAUCUACUUGUCUCUGGAAUCUAUGGCCAUGAGCAGUGACCAGUGUGACUCAGUUUUUCUGAGUGUGGAUUCUUUGCUGAAUGACGCUCUGCAAAUGCAAAGGCAGUGCAGAGAUCGCAGUGAUCAGCUGUCACAAAAGGCCAUAGAGCUGCAGAACGAAUCAGCGACGCUCAGAGAAACCAGCAAGCCCAAAAACUCAGAAAACAUCUGUAGGCUAAAUGAAUUACUGUCAUCCUUGGAUAUCCCUAUAAUCAACAUGGCUUUCUUUCUCAUCAUUUGUCGAAUCUAA